GGUCUGCCUAUGGGGGAGAUGGUCGGCAAAGAGCACUCGCUUUGAGGGAAAUGACGUCAUGUUUUCCCGUUCUAUCCAUCUUCCAACAUGGCGGCCGGUUUUAGAAGUUAUGUGUGGGACCCUUGCUUAAUCGUUUCGCAAAUUGUCGCCGUUCAGUGUGUCUUUUAUUUAUUCUUAGCGUUUUGGGUUGUACUAGUUGAUGUCUGGGCGGGAUCUACGCGGUCUCUAGGCCAGUUUUUCCAUUACGAGGAACUCCAAUUUGUAUCGUUUAAAGGAAAGAUAACGAUGGCAGCCUUCUGUCUAAACACUUUGACUGGGGCUGGUGGAUUAUGGGUGAUUGUCAGAAGAGCAAAACAAUGUCUUGACUUUGCUGCCACUGCACACCUUAUUCAUCUGGUAUUCUGUAGUAUUUAUGCUGGUUUUCCAAAAUCAUGGACAUGGUGGCUACUAAAUCUAGCAUGCAUGGCCCUAAUGGCUGUGAUGGGUGAGUUUGUCUGCAUGAGAGCAGAACUCAAAGCUAUUCCCGUCUCAGUUUCUUCAGUGAAGUCCACAGUUUGACAUCAAGAUACUUUCAGCUAUCACUUACUGUUCGUGUCUGGGUAGUGACACAGUAAAGGGGAGCAGAAAGGCUGGUGUUUGCGAAGCAAGGGCUCAGAAUGGUAUUUGAAAGGGUCUGGGAUUGUUCACAAGCAAGAAGUGAGAUGGAGACUGUGGACAACAUAUACAGCAUCACAUGCUGUGCAAG